GGGGGUCGUUCGUUGUAAAUGUAUAAAAUGUGGCUUGCUUUACUCCCUCUUCGAUCGAUAUGCACUGCGAUCAUUUAUUUUCUUGUCCAUCAUUCACAUUUUAACAUCUAUUGUCCCUUGAAUACCUACUGGAGGUGUAUAUUCUAUAAACAUUGCAAUUCAUGUCAAGAUAUACCUCCUCAUAUAUCUAGGAGACAUGACUUCUACCAGUGUUUGGAUAGCUUCCUUCGUUUUGUUUUAUUAUAUUGCAAGCAGGCUAUACAAAUCACACACAUAUUCCGCGAAAUUGCGCGACUUCCACUGUGAAGAACCAGUAACGCAAGAAACAGUCAGUCGCUGGCCUCUCGGUCUCGAUUACUUUAAGAGAUCUUUGCAUGCCGAGCAAGGGAAAUACUUCCCAAACUUCCUUCAAAGCAAUGUCGAACGUUAUGGCACCACAUUCAGAUAUACUAUCAUGAGCUCAUCGACUCUUUUUACUAUCGAUCCUAGAAACCUCAAAGCCAUUCUCGCGACACAAUUCGACGAUUUUCAACUCGGGCGAAUAAGGACAGGGGCCUUUUGGCCUAUGCUUGGGAAUGGCAUAUUUACACAGGACGGUCACGCGUGGAAGGUAACGAGGGAUAUGGUGAGGCCACAGUUUACUAGAGAUCAAAUUAGUGAUCUUGAGGUGGAGGAGAGGCAUGUUCAAAACUUGAUGAGAGCUAUAGAUGCCAGGCUUCAGGAUCAAUGGAGUGCAGAGAUAGAUCUACAGGCUCUCUUCUUUAGACUAACCAUAGAUUCUGCGACGGAAGUUCUACUUGGACAGUAAGUAGUACCUUUACUAUGCACCGUCAGCUUUCUUUCUCAGAAUGGUUUGUGGGUCACCCCUAAUCAUCUUCGAUAACACAAUGAUAAAUAAGCCGACCAUGAUUUUAGGUCUGCUAAUAGUCAGCUUCUCAAACUACCAGAGAAUCACGAUAAAGUCGACGACACCGGAAUAGACUUCGCGGCUGAAUUCGACAACGCUCUAUCCUGGACAUCCCUUCGGUGCCGUUUCGCUGAUAAAUACUGGCUGGCCACCAGCAAAGACUUCACCAAUUCUUGCAACAGAUGCAACGAGUACGUGGAUCAUUUUGUCCAACUCGCUCUCACCAGAAACUCGCUAGGCAAGUCUCAGGAUGAAGACGACGUAUCCGGUGCCAAGAAAAGGUACAUUUACCUGGAUGCUCUUGCAAAAGAAACUCAUGACCCUGUUGAGCUUCGCUCUCAAUGUCUUCAUUUGCUCUUGGCAGGCAGAGACACCACCGCCUCGUUAUUAGGAUGGUUGUUUCUCAGCCUUGCUCAAAAUCCCAGUUACUACCAAAAGCUUCGCAAUAUCAUUAUCGAAGACUUCGGAACGUACGAAAACCCUUCUGAAAUUACCUUUUCCGACCUCAAACGCUGCAGAUAUCUUCAGUAUUACAUGAAUGAAGCUCUGCGACUUUAUCCACCGGUGCCUCACAACGUUAGACAGGCGAACAAAGAUACAACCCUGCCUUAUGGCGGCGGCAAGGAUGGGAAAUCGAAAGUUUUCAUCCCAAAAGGGUCAAUGGUUGAAUACAGCGUUUUUGCGAUGCAUCGAAGAAAGGAUACAUGGGGUGAUGAUGCCGAUGAAUUCCGACCAGAGAGGUGGGAGGGGAAGAAACUUGGCUGGGAAUUUUUACCUGUAAGUCUGGAUCUGACUCUUUAUGCCGCUCAGAGCUCGUUACUGAUGUUGAAAGUUCAAUGGCGGCGCAAGGGUUUGUAUUGGACAGCAAUUUGCGCUGAAUGAAGCCGGAUAUAUUACCGUAAGGCUUCUUCAGCGAUUCGAUAUGAUUGAGAGCAUGGAGACAGACCCGGUGAUAAAGCAUGACUAUAAACUCACAGACGCCCCUGCCAACGGUGUAAAAGUCAAGCUUCAUAUUCCCACUGCAUAAAGAUGGCACAUGGUUCCAGCUUUUCGUAUCGUACAAUUUUGUUCUUAUUUUAUCUACUGGUUCUUCGGUUUUGGAUGCGCAGGACGAAUCUGAACUUUGAAAGUUGACCAUUUUUACAUUAUUUUGGUGUGGUAUUGAGAAGAUUGACGUCUAAAGUGUUGAGAGCAAAAAUGAUUGGACUGCGAUGGGUCAAGCUUAUCAGUUUUGCCCAUGAAUUAGAUUCCGAUCUCAGUACUCAUCCCAGUUCCAGUUUGUCAAGAAUAAUUUCAAUCUCCCCAGCUACAAAAUCUGGAUCAUCCAUUUGGAUAAAAUGCCCACAGCCAAUCGCAAUUUUCACACGCUCACAUCGUCCUUCAUCUGUUACACUUAC